AGCGACCACCUUGCGCAACGGGAUAUACCAUGUGUCUUUUCACCCGUCCGACUUCAAGACAAUCAUCCUCUAAGUGAUAUUCAUUCCGGCGAUAACAAUCAGUAUAUAACACUGAAUUCUCUGUUGUAGAUGAUGUUUACGAACAUCGUAUCCCCUCGUCAUAGCCCGCUGGCCUUAUUUUACUCUAUAUGCUAGUUUUGGCUCCAUUUCUUCCAAGGCAACGUCUCAAACCAAUCGUACUCUGCGUCUUAAGAUCUCCUGAAUAAACCAUGGCGUCCUAUGCUAUCCAGGCGCAUCGGCGUCAAGAAUUCUCGGGCUUGCACCGGGGAUUGGUAGUUUUCUACUUGGGGUUUUCAUCCCUUUUCAGCUCAAAUGUGACUAUAACUAGUGCAGUUUUCACUGUGCUUGUAGUCAUACCCGACGAUUCUGGUCUUAGCGACUAUUUCGUUAGCAAGAAUUUGUUAAACGCAGGUGCUUAUGUGUCCUUUGAACUUGGUGCUAUGUUGAUUCUGUGUAGGCAGUUCUGCUUCGCUGACCAGAUUAUACUACGAGUCCAACAUGGCGGUCAGGAUCGGGAGUCCAAGAAUAAUAAAGAGUAUGAGAGGCUUUUACUCGCUGCAUACUGGGACUCCGCCGUCGCUGCUUCUAACGCAACAGAUAAUGUUAGGGGCCUGGUGAUGUUCUUGAGAAUGGUCAAGUAUUUUUGGACAAACGGACGGUGGUUUUUAACAUCUGAAGGGGGCGGAACGCUGCAAUAUUGUUUUCUUGGUCUUGCCCACACCAGUCAUCGAACGCUAUCAAAUAUAUUCGAAAAGAAUAGAAAAGCAGGUCUAGGUUUUUUUGCAGGAUUCGGGGACAGAUUUCCUUCGGAAGGACUCGAUGAGAGUUUUGGAUGCCCUUGGCUUGUACUCGCGAAACCCCUGUCCAGCGAUUUUUGA